AUGUCUAAUCGCAACCCUAGCACGCGUUCGACACAGUUUGGUCUACUCACCCAGUCAUUGGUUCCCAGUCCUGUGAUCAACUGGAUCCUUCCAGCGCGUCUUCGAAACAAAAACCACAAUGAUGUUGUUUUCAUCGGAGAACGUCGUAUCCAAAUCAAGGAGGCACUUGAAAGUGGCCAUCUUGAGGACGUUGUGGAAAAAACGGAUCUUGAAGGCUCAAUCAUUGGGGCAAAAGUCAUCAAUGUCAGCACCCAAUUGCCUUGGGAGCCCCAGGCUCCAUCGAGUUUGGCAGCCCAUCCUUCCGUCACAGAGAAUCUGCCUCCUCAAAUUCUCUUCCUUGCCAUGGAUACCAAUGAACUCCUUUUCAUGUACUACUCGAAGAUUGGGGAUAGUCCAUUUGUGUCCUACAUUCGACCCUUACCCCGAGAUGUCACUUUGGCUGACACUUAUGGCGCGUAUAUUGCAGUUGAUCCUAAAUCGCGUGCAGUCGCAGUCAGCGCAUCGCGUGGAUUCUUCGGUCUCAUGUGGUUGAAAGCCCCCAUUGAUCUCCAGAUGCAGAUGCUCAAUGGACAGCUGGACCCACUCAAAAAUGAGAAUUUCUUCCAAGUGGAUGGUGAUAUCCUGUUUAUGGAGUUUCUUUACCCGAAAACCAGCAACGACUCACGCGUCAUUUUGCUUGUCGUUGUUCGUUCCCGUCACACAACACGGUCCUUUAUCUAUGAAUGGGAUGAAGGGAUUAUACUCACCAACGGUGCACCCCGGUGUAACACUAAGAGUCUGCCUCCGCAAGAUCAGUUUCCUACUAUGGUCAUCCCUUUGGCCAAAGAAUCCUCCUACCUCCUCGUCACUACAAAUUCUAUGGCGAUGUAUACACCCAAUUCUUCGUCACUCCCAAUGCGAUAUCCACCAAUCAUUCCCGAUGCCGAAUCUUCUCAGGCUGGGCUGUGGACUCGCUGGGCCAGGCCUUCGCGGAACUGGAUGUAUAGUCAGAGAUAUGAUGGGAUUUUCCUUUGCCAUGAGAAUGGUUGGAUCUAUUAUCUUGAGUUUGGCAAUGACGGUGAACUUGAGACUCAGACUUCUCUGGGUCAACUCCACUGCGCUGUCGAUACGGCUUUCGAUAUUCUUGACAUGGGCCGUGAAGGUGGAGACUUUAUUCUCGCUGCGGGAAGCCAAGGUGAUGGCGGGCUAUUUGUUCAGGAGGCACGGGAUCAUCCCAAAUGUGUUCAGCGGUUCCUCAACUGGGCACCGGUUCCCGAUGCAGUUGUUAUCCCCUCGGAUUCUCCCGGUCCUCGUCUGAAAAUGCAUCCAGAUCAUGCGCAAGAUAGAAUUUUUGUCUGCUCCACGUCUGCUUCGGGUAAUGGAGCAAUUACCGAGUUGCGACACGGCAUCGAGGCUCAAAUUGGAGUCUCGGUCGAAUUAGAUGGAUUGUCCAGCAUACGCAAUAUGUGGGCGAUGUCACGGGGUUACAAUGAUUCAAUUUACCUGACAGUCUCUGACCCGCUCUCCUCAUUCAUUUUACACACGACUCCUGAUAUGAGAAAUGGGAUUAUUGCCCUUGAUGACUGCGGAUUUGCAAACGAUGUUCAAACGUUAGCAAUGGGAUGUACACAUUCCGGGGUCAUUAUUCAGGUCACGGAAAAUGCUAUCCAGAUGUUCGUUCCUGGUGAGCCCUCCCUCAGCACAAGUCACGAUGUUCUUGCGAAUGUCACGGCGGCUAUUGUUGAUGGUCCAACCUCCACUGUCGUCCUGGCUACAAGACGUAGUGACGGGCACUUUUUACAUCUUUAUCGGGUAUUCAAGACCUCGGCAAAAAUCUCACUGUCUAAUGAUGAGGCCGAAUACAUGCUACCAGAGGAGCCCAUCUGUAUCUCCCACUAUAAGUGGGAGGAUAUUGAACUUGUUUUCAUAGGCACCGGUAGUGGCACAGUGCUAUCGUUUGAGUUCUCCCGUUGCACUGGAACAUUCAUGCGACAUAAGGACACACAUGUCUCUCUGGGAGCUCCACAAGGCAAAUCGAAGGCAGUUGAAAGCCUUGCUGUUGUCGAGACUCUUUCGGGCGUCAACCUGCGCGCAGUCCUUUUCUGGGGCCUGCGAGGUGGUACACUUGUUCCAUUUAAGUUGGACAUGGUUUCCAUCGAUUCUCGUGGCAAAUAUGUCUUCGGUUUCAGGGGCAUGAGACAGCAAGAGUCGAGAGAUCUUGGACGAACAUCAAUCAGAAUCAAAUCCCAUGGAUCAUACGCUUGGCUUACAUGCGGUGAUGAUUUCUGGCGUGUUUGGUAUGAGAAUGACAAUUUCUCUGACUUCUGCUUGAUUCGUGUCUGGAUUACUGAUCAAAAUCGCCCCGCAUAUUUCCCCACCAGGUUCUCUAGCUUUGACCUGGUCGAUAUGGUAGAUCCAGUGUCUGGGCUCGCAACUGUCUAUAUGUUUUGUUUUGCAGACAGUCAUGUUUUGAUCUGCUCUCUGGAUCAAAAUGCGAAGACUAUUCCGCGGCGCAUUGCGCUUCCUGGAAAUCCUAACAAAAUUUCCUUCUCUCACCACCUUCAGAGGCUCAUUGUUUCAUAUACUGUUGCUCAAGAUACCAGUCAAACAACGCCUCUCGAGCUUGUACAGACAUGCUGUAUUGAGUUUGUGGACCCUAACACUCAGCAUCCAGUGGUUCCUUACGACGCUGAGAUGGUUACACACGGCCUUCUCCCAUGGAGGCCAAAUGGAUCCCCGGGGGAGAAAAUCACAUGUAUCGUCGACUGGAUGCCAGAGAAAGAUGGCAAUCCGUACCAUUUUAUCGCAAUUGGGACUUCAAUCCCUCUGCGUGAUGAACCGAACAAGCGCCACGGUCGGUUGAUUCUCAUUCAGACGUCUAAGGAUCCUAACAAUCCUGACCAAAUACUCUGCACUAAGAAGCAUUUGCAAUCGUUCGAGGACUCGAUAUUUGCGAUGGCUCCCUUCGGGCUUGCCGUGAUUGUGGCAUGUGGGAGGAGAUUUAUCGCUGUGAAGUCGAGUAGCUCUAAGUUAAAAUGGGCGAAAAAAAUCACGGCUUCUCUUCCAUCUACAGCGGUCACAAUGACAGUAGAUGGAACUUGGAUCUACGUCACUACCGCGAAGCACUCUCUGGUGGUUUACGAAAUCAUAAACAAUAACCUCAUCCUGGAUAUUAUACAGAAGCGUGCCGAUUUCAGUCCACGCCUUGGUUUGACUCACGCUUUCAUGCCCCUGCACAAUAAGCGCCCAGAUAUUCUUUUCGUGAGCACUCGAGGCGGAGCAACUCGAGCAUUUACCGAUAUUCGCCACGCAGGUCAGCUUUUGCCUUGCGCGACAGCCAAUCUACCCGUCUCGUUGGUGAAGAUCAGUCGCGGUUUCAAAUCUCCCCAUUCGCUGAAGGAUUCAGGUUAUUUCUAUGGCUUUGGCAUCGAUGGAUCGGUCUAUCGCUUCUUGCUCCUUUCAAUGGCUGAGUGGCGCCUGCUUCAGAUUCUGACUAGCCUCUGCAUGAGGGACCCCGGCAUAUGUCCGUCCUUGUCCCGCAGACGUCGCUACCUUGAUCUCGUGUACAGUGUCGAGAACAAGAUGCAUGUUGAUGGCAGUAUUCUGUCUCGCCUUGCUAGUCGUGGCUCAAGUUACCUGGACCGGAUGCUCAAUAAAUGCAGCGAGGGUCAAAUCAAAGAUUUGACACCUGAUACAGUCCGAAUGUUCUCUGAGACUGCUAAAGAAGUGCUUGGGACUCCCACUCAAGAUACUCAUCUUGUCUUAAUCUGGCUCUGGGAAAUUCUCAGGGUUGAAUGUUAA